UGACCAGAGCCGAUGGGAGUCUCCGGCGUCUGGUCAAACGUAAGAUCGAGAGGUUUUCGGUCGUAGGUCCGCGGGAUUUUCGUCCGAUUCGGGGUUAUUUCGACGUGAUUGAGUGAAAUUUUCCGCGGAAGUGCUGUUAUGAAGUGAUUUUUGUGCUGCGGGUUUGUUGUGCGAUGGGUGAUCUUGAUACGCUAUUCGACUAUGAGCAGCAGUACGCUGAAUUUGCAGCAGCUGAAGAGGCCAAAACAUGGGAGAAGGAGGAACACGAGAGGCUCCGGAGAGAGGGACUCGCUCGGGAGAAAGAAGAGGACUUCGAGCCAAGCGAUUGGGACAAGCUGCCGGAUUUGGUUCUAGAGAGAAUAUUCUCCUACCUGACCGUCAAGGAGAAGUACAACGCAUCCCAAGUUUGCAGGAACUGGUACCACGCCUUCUACUACCCCGAAUCUUGGUCCACUUUCAAAUUCGAAGACACUACUCUCACGCGAAGACGGUUCAAUUAUUAUUCCGGAUGGCAGUACACUUUGGACCAUCUGCGUACCCAAUUAUGCCUUUGCAGCGUCGGAAAUAUAUUAAAGCACCUAAUAUUCGUUCCACAAACCAAUUUUUACAAUCUCUAUGAAUUCAUGAAUAUGAUCUCCUUCUACGCCGAGCAAGAACGUUCGGGCUCAAAGGAAUUUUCUAGAGGCAUAGGUUCAAAUGUUGAGACUUUAUCUUACAUAUUUCCGUGCAAUCAGGCCUACAGAAAUCAGCCGAUGGAACUCUACGGAACCGGAGGAAAGUUACUGGCGACUUUGAAAAGACUCAUGGGUAAUUUGUGUUCUUUGCGUUGCCUGCAGUUGGUUGAUCUCAUGCUUGACUUCGGAGACGCCCUCCACUUACUCGACGAAGUUUGCUACUCACAUUGUCUCACUCUCCGACGACUGACACUCAUCAACGUCACCAGAAGUAAAUGCUCACUCCUUCAUAUUGGCGUCUUUCUAAAUUUGCAAAUUCUAGAGAUAAGUCCUCAAAACUUAAGCGAAGAUGGACUCUAUUUGCUGAGUGAAAUAGAAACACUUUCCCAUCUUCAUAUCAUUCAAAAUAAGUACACCCCACAAGAACUGACAGCUGUCUCUUCGAAGGCUUGGAAGCAACUUAGUAAGAAGAGACCAGAUUUGCAAGUGCAUUUACAACUAGUAUCGAAUCUUGAAAAGGGUAUCUUGUGGCAAGAUGGUGCACCGGUUGCAAGUAUUUGGUAUGAGUCACCGAAAAUCAAGGUUGACGGAGACUCAGUUUCCACGGCUGUCGAGAUGUACGGACCGACGCUGAGGUUUUAUGGCCACACGCAUCCCCCAAAAUAUCACCAAUCGAAAUCAUUCCGAGAUAGAAUGGAUCCGUUCUUUGUAUUCUUAGUGAACAAGUGUCCAAAUCUCACCACAUUAAUAAUUCGAGAGCGCAUAUCCACAGCGACAGUGCUGCUGCUGGCAAGUUACGGGAAGAAACUUAAACACUUGUACAUUCGUCGAAACGCUGUGAUACUCCGCAACGACUGGCCCAAGAACUCCGAUUGGCCCGAGGGAUUCAGCAUUUGGUUGAAGAAAUCGUGUCGUUCUUACGAAACAACGGAACAAGAAGUGUCUCAAAUACUCGGCUUCCGGUGGCAGAUGUUGUCCGACAAAGAGUUCAAUAAGAUCUCUCCCAGCCUGCACAACCUAUAAAGAGGUUUACUGAGAAAUAAAAUUCGGUCAUAAUAUCCGUAGUACCGCGUCCUACAUCGACUGUAGUAUCUGGUCCGUUGCAGUAUUUGCGAUUUAUGCGACCGUAACCGUAUGUCCCUGAUCAUUUUUUGAGAAAAUUGGGGUUUUUUGGUGAUGAUUUCCAUCUCCGGACGACUUUUUCGUCUCUCGGUGUGGCUCGAAUCGAAUAAUUCUAAUUUUGGAAAUGUUGACAAUUAUUGGGCGUAUUUCUGCCAAACGGUACUAUGUGCAUUAAGACAUUUUUUUUUCUUUUUUUUUUUAUUAAAAUAAAAAUGUACGACUGCCCCUUACGGGGCAUUAAUUACAUUGAGGUUAACUGAAUCUAAUACUAAUCUUAAAACUAAUGUAAUAUGAUUUUGUUAUUAACUAAUAAACCAUACAUACCACGACCUACGCUUUACAAUUCGCAUUAAGACAUGAGCUUUGAGACCCAUACGAAUAAAUAUGCAUGGCAGGGCUCACGUCAUGGUGCACAUAGUUCCGUUUGGCAGACAUACGUCCAUUUUAUUAUUUAAUACUCUCGGAAUGGGUCCGACAGAAAUCAACCAGGUUUUUGGAGGAAGCAAGAGGUGUUCUGGGUGGAAUGGGUCAGUUGCGCUGGUCACAGAAUCGCGUUUUAAUGCUUGAUUCUUGUAGAUCAGCUAGAAAGAAUGAAGUCUGUCCAAACGGCAAUUUUCUACGUUCAAUAUUAACCGAGAAAUCGCGCUUUGAAAAAUUCGGUUUAUGACGUCAUCAAUGCACCGCAGUAGCGCCACUUGUGGUUUCUUCAGCCUUGCUUUGAUCAAUCAGGGUGACAUACAUUUGCACUGGUUACUCAACGAGGAACUCGCAUGAAAGUCAGGUAUAAGGAAGCAAA